UAGCGCGCAUAUAGUACACUGUAUUUGUUUACGGCCUUUGACGUCUCACUGUACUGUACACUGUACAUGGAAGUUGCAAACGGUCAAUUUUUCAGAAAGUGUCUCUUUUUGUUUUUGAAAUGACUGUUGAUCCGUUACAGGAAGAGCCAGAGGCUUCUCCACCGUCUAGAAAAUCUGGAAAGCGGUUAAACAUCGUUCUCCAGUGCGCAGUGAAAGGAGAUGCAGCCCGCUUGCUAGAGUGUUUUUCUAAGGAGGAUGAUCCGUACCACGAUCGGGUAGAGGGUCAGUUAAACUCCCGAGAUGACCAGGGCCGGUCAGCUGUGGAGAUCGCUUGCACAGAGGGUCACUUGGAGAUGCUCAAACUUCUACUCGAAAAGGGCUCUGACCCCAACAUGAGGAAUCCCAACACAGGCAAGACAGCUCUGGACAUGGCCUGUAUCUUGGACCGAGAGGACAUGGUCAAGGAACUGUUAGAGAAAGGAGCUGAGGGAGAUGCAGCAACAAAUAGAGGCUAUACGGCUUUACACCACGCUGCUGCCUGGGGUAAGCUUUCUUGCAUAAAACUCCUGAUCCAGUUUGGGUCCAACCUUCAGGUCAGGACCAGCCAUGGAGAGCGCCCUCGUGAGACAGCAUUGCGAUACCAGCAUGAAAAGUGUGCCAGUUAUUUAGACUGGUCCGAGGCCCGUCGUUCCCUAUUAGCCGUCAUCAGAGAGAUCAAGGAGAAUGUAGAAGAUGUUCAGAAGAUCCAAGGACGCCUCACCAAGGAUGAGAGGAUGACUGCUUUGAAUGCCUGCAUAGAGAAGCAAGAGUGGCUGGACAACGGUGGUGAGAACCUGAAUGUUGAGGACUUCAACAAGCAGAAACAAACACUAUCAGACAUUCUGGAGCCUAUCCUCAUCAAAAUGUCAGAACCCCCACCAGAAAAGCCCCACAGGAGAUGAAAUCCCAACUUGCCUGCCACAGAUGCAUGUAUCCACACUUUUACCGGUACAUACAUGUGUACAUGUAUGUUUGUGUUGACUGACGGCCCCUAGGCAUGUUGGAUCAGUAUUAAUCUUGAAGAAAUUUCUGACCUCUAGCAACUGCAAAUAAACUGAUGCUUAUUUAGUCACUGAACAACUGAAAGAAUAAAGCAAAAAAUUAAACACCACUUUCAAAGUUGUAAUGUGGCCAGUUCUAAGGAUUUUUGCCCCUUCCUCAGGAAAAGAGAGGCCAGUGUUUCAUGAUAACCAGUAACAUGCAUGCUGGGUUACUGUAGGAGGUACAAAAGGAAGAGAGUUUGUAAAAAGAAAGUGAUUUUUUUUGGAUUAUCAAAAACCAGCAGAUCUUAUAAAAGUUGGUUGAUUGUUCGUACCUUCCUGUUCUUGGUUGAGAACUUUAUAUGUGGGAUGGUUGCUGAAAGAACUUGUAUGUGGGUAAUUCCAGAAAUUAGGGGUCCAUUUUUUUUGGUGUCCCUUUUACAUCUGAUUUUGUAAGCUCA